CCUGAAAUGUCAGUGUCAAAAUAAUUAGGCCAUCUGUGGCUGCGGUAUAUUAUUUUAAUUUAGACAAUUUUUGUUAAUGUUCUUUGGCAAAACACAAUUAUUUGUUUAGAAAUCGAUAAUGGAAGAUUUGCAGAAGUCCCUGAAUGAGUAUGAAGAACAGCUUGCAAUGGUCAAUCUCACACUGGAGUCGGUCAAUGAUGAAACGGAAAAAGAGUCUCUGUUGUCACUACGAUCAGAUUUACAACAACUUAUCGAACUCACUAAAGAAAACUUAGAAGCAAUGGUUCCUAAAGACAAGUCUGUUGAGCCCCAAUCUUCUGAAAAUAAAGAUGAAUUGGAUGACGAGUAUGCUUUGUUCAUGCAAGAAAUGGCUAAAAGUGGGGCUUAUGAAUCAGCUAAGGAGGAUAAAUCUGACAGUGAUGAGGAGGAUAUAGAGGAUGAGCUGUCUUCAUUGUUGGGUAUGAAGUGUGCAGUGUACCACACACACAAGUGGGGCGGUCAGCCCGGCCUGUACAAUGCUAUGGUCAGUGCAGUUGUACCUCGGCAGGAUAAUGACCAAUUCCAGGAUCUUCAGGUCCGUGUUCUAUUUACUCAUCCGACACAUGCUGAAAUGUUGCCAUGUCCUUUCUAUCUUGAUGGUGAAUGUAAGUUUGAUGAUGAACAAUGUAGAUAUUCCCAUGGUGCAUUAGUGCAUUUAUCGAAUUUAAAAGAAGCAAUAGAGCCUGAUUUUAGUUCAAUUAAAGUAGGUAGUAGAAUAUUGAUGAAACUAAAACCACCAGACAAUGAGGAUAUAACCCUAGUGAAAAAAUCUACAGAAAAAUAUCACUUAUGGCAUAGAGCAGUGAUAAAAAGUAUAGAUUUAGAAAAAAGAAUAUGCUCAGUUAAACUGGAGCAUGGUGUGCAUACUGGAGAGAAGAGGAAACAGGGUGCUGAUGAAUACAAAGUUAAAAUAGAGGAAAUUGUCCCUUUGAAUAAUGAAAAUGACGAGGAUAGUGACUCCGAUGAUAGUUUAAGUGAUACAGAGUAUCCACAAAGCAAAGCAGUAUGUGAAAAUAGUAUCACAGACAAUACCAAGCUACUUGUUGAAAAAAGUCUUCUUAAUGAAAACAACACCCCUAUGGGGGAGUGGGAGCGACAUACUAGAGGUAUGGGCUCAAAGAUGAUGUUAGCAAUGGGUUACAUUCCGGGGACUGGUCUAGGCGCGGCAAGCGACGGUCGAGUACAGCCGGUUGAGGCUCGUGUUCUGCCAGUGGGCAAGAGUCUGGACCAGUGUAUGGCUAUCUCAGAGAAACACGCUGCUCAAGACCCAUUGAAGGUCGAACAAAAGUUGCGACGAUUACAGAAAAAAGAAGAAGAACGUAACAAACGGGCCUAUGAAAGAGAAAAAGAGCGGGAAAGACGUAAUGUCUUCAAUUUCCUAAAUCGAACUCUAGGCGAUAAGACCGAGCCAGAUAACGAACCCGAAGCCUCUCUCGACGUCAAGCAGUCUUCAAGCAAAGUAUUGAACAUAGAACAAUUCAAAAUUACUGAAGACAAAAAAAGAAUUGAAAAGGAGAUAAUCAAACUGAAUAGCUCAUUAAUUAAGUAUCCUUCUGGCUCUAACGGGCAUAGAAGCAUUACUCUCCAGAUUUUAGAGAAAAAUAAAGAGCUUGACAGUCUUGUACAGAAAGAAAAGCAGAUUUCUAAGGAACAAUCACAUAGAAAAGACAAAGAAAAAAUGACAGUAUUUUAAUAAGUUAGUUCAAUGUAGUGUUAAGCAUUAUAUUUAAGUGAAUUAUUUAUAAUUCAAUGUUGAAAAUAAAUUAAAUUAUGAGAUA